AUGGCCGAAAUCUACCGCAACAAAUUCGCUCUUCCCCCUCUUCCGCCCUCCGGCUCCUUCACAAACAAACACAUCCUCAUCACAGGCGGCACCUCAGGACUCGGACUGGCCUCUGCAGUCCACUUCAUAAACCUCGGCGCCCCAUCCGUAACAAUAACCGGCCGUACACUCGCCAGCGCUUCAGCAGCAAAGCUUGAGAUCGAAAAACAAACCGGUACUUCAAACAUCGUCAAAAUCCGCGAAUUAGACCAAUCAACCCUCUCUAGCAGCGCAGCAUUCGCCGAAGCACUGGUCAAAGAUGAGGAGAAACUGGACAUCAUAGUUUUGAACGCGGGCUGUUACAUGACUAAAUUCGAAGCAAGCACAGAGGGGUUUGAGAUGGGAAUUCAAGUAAACGUGCUUGGCACCACCUUACUCGCUCUCCUGCUCCUACCGUGGCUCAAGAAAGUCUCGAACGGAACAGGUCAUUUGUGCGUUGUAUCAUCCGGUGUUCAUCGCGAAGUCCCUCUUUCUACGCUGCCGCAAACAGACGUCUUAGGUUUCUAUUCCAAGCCAGAGAAUUUCCCGACGGGGAAGGUCGAUAUUUAUUAUAUCAGUAAACUCUUACUACAGUACUGUGUGCGUGAGGUGGCGGCGUUGGCGGAGGGGAAGGUGGUUGUUAAUCCGUUGUGUCCUGGAAUGGUAAAAUCCAACCUUGCCCGCCACCACAAAACCAACGCAGCAAUCGGUCUCGUUGCAGAUAUCUUCAUGACCUUAUGCUGCAAAACCGCCGAAGGAGGCGCGAGGACGGUGAUUAAAGCCGCGUUGAGCGAGGAGAAUGGGUUGAUGGUAGCAGAAGUCAUAUUCAGUCCCGAAGGAGAGAAGAUGCAAAAACAAGUCUGGAACGAAGUUCUUGCUAUAUUGUCGAAGGUUCGCCCGGAGGUCAUGGAGGUUGCGAAGAGUGCUUGA